GCGUGUCUCCCGGGGCAGCAGUGCAGCUGGGACAGGGGCUCGGCGUGUCUCCCGGGCCAGCAGGCACGCCGGGGCACGCAGCCGUCCCGCCCGAAGGCACCCCACCGGCUGCCCGCCUCUCGCGAGAGCGCUGCCCGCCGUCGCCUAACAGCCGCCGCCGCAGCCCUGCCAUGGAGCCCGGCGGCCAGCCGCGGCAGCAGCGAAAGCUACAGGGCCCGCGGCAGGAGGCGGCGGAGUUCUACCGUCGCCAGCAAGUGCCGCAGCGGCUGGAGGAAGCGCUCAACGCCCUCUACCCGCUGCGCCCGGCCGAUCUCUACGGGGAGCUGGCUAACUACUUUUCUAAAAUUUCAAAAGCUCCAGUAAUCUGCAAGGUAUUUGGAAGAAAAGUUCUUGAUGGAGUUGGUCAGCCAACAUUAGAAGUGGAAAUACACUGUACAGUUAAAAACCAUGAGAAGAGGAUUUCUUCUGCUGUAAUGUCUUCUCAUUCUCAAAUACCUGAAAAUGCUUCAGCUCAAACAACUGAAGCUGAUGAGAAAGAAAGAAAUGACUCUGUUACCACUGCUGUGAUAUGGGUCAAUGAAUCACUGAACACAAUGUUAAAAGACUUGGAGCCUACUGAUCAGUGUAAAGUUGAUAAGAUGCUUGGUGAAUACUUUACAGAAAAGGCAGAAGAAAACAAGGAAAUUAAAAAACAAGCAGCAGGAGAAGCAGAAGCCACCCUUCUUCCCCUUACUUCAGACACUCCAUCGACAACUGCGCUACCUGGGAAAAAAAAGGCAGCAAAAGCAGGAAAGAAGGUGGCAGUUGCAGAGAGAACAAUCCCACCUGCAGACCCUGCUGAGCCAGUGCUGUGUGGCAGCUUAGCCAUCGGGGGAACGUCACUUGCCGUAGCUAAGGCUGGUGCCACCAUUAGCCAUACUCCACUCUACUUAUACAUCACGCUGCUGAAGCAUGGUGAGGAUUCACCUAAAGAGAUGACUCUCCCACUCCCAAUGGUUACUGUCUUGCACUGUGAAAAAAUGGCAUCUGCAAAACUGAAAUUGGUGAAAGAAAUUAUGCUCAUACCACCAGUUCAGUUAUCACUCAAACAGGGCCUAGAAAGAGUUUUGGAUAUUCAGAAAGAAAUGAUGAGACUAUUUGAGCCUCCAGGCAAAGAGCAGCCCAGUCCUCAAAUGACAGCGAGUAAGAAAGGCAAAACACAUAAUACAGGGAAGAAAGCUUUGCCACAAGCCUUAAAAAGAAUAUCACACUUGGGCUGCCUAAUGACAGGAUGUGAUAAUCUAGAGGAACCACUGCUCCUGAUGCAGACUGCUUGCAACAACAUAGGUUUGGAGUUAGGAACAGACAUGUACUUAGCAAUGAAUUGUGCUGCUCAUGAAUUAAUGGAUUAUGCUCAAGGAAAAUAUGAAAUACUCACUGGCACGUUCAGAAGUCCUGAUGAAAUGGUUGACAUGUAUGUGGAACUGAUUAACAAAUUCCCUUCCAUUAUUGCAUUAAUAGAUCCCUUAAGAAAAGAGGACAGACAGCAAUGGAGUAACAUAUGCUGUGCUCUUGGUUCCAAAUGUUACCUGAUUGCUGAAGAUGCUGCCACUUGUGUUUCCAAACUUAAAAUUGACCAAAAUAGAAACAUACCAAUGUGCAGUGGUGUUGUCCUAAAAUAUAUUAACCAAACCAAGAUAUCAGACCUCAUAGAACUUACAGGACUUCUAGAUGGUCAAAGACAUAUUACCAUAUUAGGAAGUCCAGAUGGAGAAUCUUCUGAUGACAGCCUUGUAGAUCUGGCUGUCGGAGUGGGUGCCAGGUUUAUCAAGUUGGGAGGUCUUUCCCGCGGAGAAAGGGUGACCAAAUACAACCGCCUGCUCGCUGUGGAGGAAGAACUGGCCACGAAUAGAAGGCUACGUGAAGCCAAUCUCGAUUUUGUUACUUUUGCUGAAGAACCACAGCCAGAAAAACAACCUUCUGAUGUGCCCUCUGCCCCAACGCAGGAUUCAUUGUCUCCACAGCGCUCUCAGCCAGCCCUGCAUGUUCCCAGCCUGCCCGCUUUGCCCCCCUGAGAACAGCAGGCUGACCUAGGAUGUCAGCAUUAACCUUUGGGAGAAGCACCAGACAGUUGCAUGCAGAGCCAAACCGACAAACUCUGAGCACUCAUCCUUCGGUACUGUCACUGUUUCAAACCAU